AAGUCAAAGCGACAUGGAAGAAAUGCCUCCCUCUGAUAAGAAUUCUGACACAUCUCGUUUAAUUGCACCUAAUCCUACGUCAAAAACAAGCUAUAUAAAUCUUGUGGGCAAUGUGUGCGCCCUACUAUGCGUGUGCAUAGUUAUUUAUUGCUGCUUUGCAAGUGGUGUAACUUUAUUCUCAUUUCAUCCAAGCUUAAUGACCUUAGGGUGGAUGGUUUUUAUGACCUCAGCAAUUAAUGCUAUUACUCCAGGUGAUUUGGCCACGGAAUGGAUGCCAAUUCGACUUAGAAGUGCCCGUCACUGGGUAAUUCAGUUGCUUGUUGGUAUUAUCAUAUUAAUUGGUUUCUUAGUAAUAAUUUCUAAUAAAAUUAUAAUGGACAAACCACAUUUUGCAACAUUGCACUCGAAAUUUGGUUUAGCAUCUCUGAUCUUUAUGAUUACAACUAUGUUAGGAGGAUUGGGCGCCCUUUACAGUUUAAAACUAAAGCAAUAUCUUGCUCCAAUUUAUAUGAAAUUGUUGCAUGCUUCAGUCGGACUUUCUACAUUUUGUCUUGGAAUAAUAACUAUACUACUUGGCUUGUAUUCGCAGUGGUGGCAAUUUGGAGAUACAUUACGGUACACAAGUAUGGUGCUUGUGCUUGCUGUGAUGUUGUUAACAAUAUUACGGCCACUAUUGAAAAUAUAUUUCAGACUCAAAGAAAGGCUCGAAUAUAAUAAUUAAAAAAAAUACAUAUGCAUGUAACUACACAAAAUGGAUCUGUUAAUUAAUAAACAAUGGUAUUGUAUGGUUUCUGUAAGUCGACA